AGACGGUGGUAAAUGAUAAUCUCUAUUUUUUUUUCACUAUUCAGCAUUUGCACAUUAUAAAAAUCUGUAACUGUUCUGUCUACUUUUGCGUAGUUCGUAGGUUUACGUCAAACGUGUUAAUAGCUACUUUAAAUUAUGUCUACGAUUAUUGCUGCUCGAAAAUUUUCCACUUCAGCCGUUUGCAAUCACAUAAUGAAAUUGACCCGUCUGCGUGUUGUCGACAAUAGCACAAUUGGCAAGCAAGCGAUGGCUGAAGGUAAACCCCCGCGGUGCAUACACAUUUAUAAUAAAAAAGGUAUUGGCACAAUUGGUGACAAAAUACUGGUUGCCAUCAAGGGUGAAAAAGUAAAAGCUAUAAUUGUUGGCUGCGUCAAAGAACAAAAACCCAAUAUUCCCAGGUUUGAUAGCAACAAUAUAGUAUUAAUUGAUGAUAAUGGCACACCACUUGGAACUCGAAUUAAUGUUCCCAUUCCAAUCGUUCUUAGAACUAUAUUAAAAGAAAAAACUUUCUCAAAAGGAGCUGAUUACACCAAAUUACUGGCUAUUGCUUCAAAUUAUGUAUAAAUAUUAGUGAUAAGUAUAUAUAUAUAUAUAUAUACAUUUAGUUUUAUAUUUUUUCAAUGUUAUUUAUGUACUGUGAGAAUAAAAAAGUACUAGAAAUUAUAUAUUUUUUUCAAAUAUUUUUGGGUGGUUACAGUGUGCGGGUCAUAUAACAUGUGUCUAAGAAAUUAAAAGUUGAAUACGCAUAUGCAUUAUGCAUUAUUUUAGAGAAAAAUUCCUUUUCAAUGAGUGUCUGAGGUAUGGUGCAUCAAUAUCCUUGAUGCCUAUGGAUUAUAGCUAAGAUAUGCAGUGACUGAUGGCAGCCCACAUACCAUUUUUAACUGGCCGGAGCUACAUUUCAAAUUACUUUAUAAAAUCAAUAUAAUCAUAAUCAUUUAUAUUAAUUAAUAGGCAUAGUUAACAUAGUUAAUUGUUAAUCAGUUUAGUCACAUCCGUCGUGUCGUGCUAUUAAUUUGCUGAAUAAAUAUUAAUUGUAAAUUUUA